ACUCCAUGCAAGUACGUCGCAGAUGAAAACGUCCCAGGUCUAUACCAUUGCAGACCAUGGCAUCGUUGUCAUUGAGAGAAAUGUUGGCCGAUUAUCCUCUCCACGAAAGCGUUUUUAACAACGACUUGAAAAGACUUUCUGCCCUUCUGCGUACACGCGAUGUGUCUGAAAAAGAUGUCCACGGCAACACUGCACUCCACUUGGCUGCGAUGCUUGGCCACAAAGAAUGUAUACAUUUGUUGCUCACCCACGAUGCCCCGGUCAGGUUAAAAAAUGCACUGGGAUGGAAUUCACUAGCAGAAGCGGUCAGCUAUGGAGAUAGGCCAACAAUUACUACACUAUUAAGAAAGCUGAAACAGCAGUCUAGGGAAUCGCUAGAAGCCAAGAGACCUCAACUCAUUCAAGCAUUGGAAGAUCUGGGUGAUUUCUACAUGGAGGUCAGGUGGGACUUCCAAAGUUGGGUCCCCCUGGUUUCCCGGAUGUUACCUUCCGACACCUGCCGCAUCCUGAAACGCGGCACGCGAGUCCGCAUGGACACCACGCUGGUGGACUUUAAUGACAUGCAGUGGCAACGGGGCAAUAACACAUUCCUGUUCAACGGAGAUGCCAAGCCUGACAAUUCACUAGUCAUCCUAGAUAACGACAAUAAACUCUUCCAGCGGGUGCGUUACCAGCACUACAAAAUACGAAAGGAAACUGAAAAAGAACUGGAAGAGGAAGUCGACAUUCUGAUGAGUAGUGACGUAGUUACCAUGACAUUGUCGACAAAGCCCAUCACUUUCACCAGAGCCCAGAGUGGGUGGCUCUUCCGGGAGAAGAAAUGUGAAAUGAUCGGCAACUACUAUGCACACGUGUACACCAUUAACAACGUCAUUGUUGAAACACGAAAAAGGAGAGGGCAUUUAUCAGAGGAAGAUGUACAGAAGAACAAAGCAGCUCUGGAGAGCCUCAGCAAAGGCAGGGCCCUGCCUGCCAAUCUGCAGCCCCAGUACAGAAAAUCUUUACCCGCUCCUCCAGCAACUGAUAUCAGGUGGUCAGAGUACAUCAAAGGUAGACCGUCCAGAGCACACCUGGGAAGACCAGAAGUGUGUAAAGAAUCCAAGAAGGUCUUCAAGGCCACCGUGGCAAUGAGUGAGGACUUUCCCAUGGACCUGCCAGACCUGCUGAACAUCCUGGAGGUCCUCACACCCAUGAGGCAUUUCCAGAAGCUGAGGGACUUCGUCUCCAUGAAGAUGCCUCCUGGAUUCCCAAUUAAAAUAGAUGUGCCUGUCUUGCCCACCAUCACAGCUCGGGUCACCUUCCAAGACUUUCAGUACCGGGACAACAUCUUGCCGUCCCUCUUCAAAAUCCCGCGGGACUACACCCUUGAUUCCAGUCGCUGCCCCGAGAUUUAAAAUCCAAAGACUACUGCUCACCGAUGAUAAUCCGACAGCAUGUAACACCCCUGUACCCAUCUGUGUAAUUGGCAAUGCAGUUUUUAGUUGUUCUCGGUCAUACCCACUUCCCACUGUGUGUCCACUUCUCAGUGCGUUAACCUGACAUACCUAGUGUGGACUUGUGAACAAAAGAUGUCCACACGAUGCAGGAAGGGAAGACGUUCUGUGGACUUGCCCAUGUCCGUAGGACAUUUCCCUUUCUAUGAAAAAGAAGUUUGGAAGCAUUUGUGGGGUUAGAGUCAUCGCUCGUAAACGGAAGAGGAACGGUCAAAGAAACCUUUUCAAAUAGUGUGUUUACAGUUCAAGGGAAAUGAGUAGUUUCACUGAGUUUUCUUAACUGCAUGAAAACAAGGUAUGUCCACACUAGGUAUCAAAGGUCAGUGUGUGAGUGUCCCAAGCCAGCCUUGCAUUGAUCUGUUGAUGGGACAAUUACCUGUGUUAAGAAAUUUGGGACCAAGUUGUAGGGACAGAAAACUGAUCGCCAUGACAGAUUUGACCCCACAAUGACUAUGGCUCAAUGCAUGUAUAGUACCCACAAUUAAGGCCCCUCCUACAAAAUGCUUUGCUAGCAAGUCUCGACAGCCCAUCGUGUGUAUGCACUGUUAAACUUGGCAAGCUUCACGUAUGGGCUGAUCUCGUAAAGUUUUGCUGUUUUAGGCUUUCGGAAUGUUGACCAAAAUACUAAUUUCUAAUCAAUACCACCAAUAGUGACGCUUAAAUUGAAAUUAAAUUGGCACUGUUUCAUAACAUUUAGAGCAAAUUUAGUGUGAUUCGAUUAAUUUUCUGUAACAACUACUUUUUUUCCGCAUUUUUAAAAAUACAGUACCCAUAUGUAUGUAAUUUUGACAGACCAUCCUUGGACAGAUUAAUUAACGCUUCAGAUCAAUGUCGUCAUCAAAUUUUAAACUAGUGAAUUGUGCACAUCAAUAAAAAUUGUACACUAUCGUAUUUAAAAACCAAACAAGAGUUCACUGACUACAAAAUGCUCAGGAAAUGAUGCAAGAAGAAUGUGAACGACGGGGAAUUUGUUCAGGUGACAGACACUGUAGAGUUGUAAACACGUGCCUCUCAGUUUCAGCUCUGUUGAUGGUGCUUCUGGUUUGACGCAAACUUUGCUCGUGGAACAUUAAUUCAGACUUCCAACUCUGAGCUGAAGAGGACGCAAGGAAAAAGGGGUGACAGAUACGAGCUGUGGUCUUGUGUGUUUGGUUCCUUUUUAGUGCUUUUUUGCCCGUAUGUUGGACAGAAAAAUUCAGAUUUCUUCUAGUGUACUCAAAGGUAUAUUUUGCCCAUUUUGAAAAAUAUCUUUUUUCCAAGCACUUCUCAUAUUUAAAUAUUGGAUCUUUUUCCUUAAGUAUUUUACCCACUUGUGUUGUAUAUAUGUGCAAUUACUGUUACCAAAGUGAUUUUUAAAUAUUAUUAUUCAUGUUUGUUGCUUUGACGUGACGGAUGCUUAAUCCUCUUUGUUGUCGUUCAAGACUCAUCACUGGUCUUUUUAAGUUACAAGAUAUUUAUUCAAGUUUAUUACGUAAAUCGUUACGACGCACAAGACUUUUUCAUUAAAGAGUUGCUUCAGUUGAGCUUAUGAAAUCA